GUGCGUGUGUGUUACAGACUCUGAGCUGCAGAUAGCGCUGGUGGCUCUGUUCAGUGAGAUGCUGUACAGGUUCUCUAACGUGGUGGUGGCUCAGGUCACCAGGGAGUCUGUGCAGCAGGCCAUCGCCAACGGCAUCACGGCCCAGCAGAUCAUCCACUUCCUUCGAACCAGAGCUCACCCUGUCAUGCUGAAACAGACUCCAGUUCUUCCUCCCACCAUCACAGACCAGAUAAGACUGUGGGAACUGGAGAGAGACCGGCUCCAGUUUACUGAGGGAGUCCUGUACAACCAGUUCCUCUCACAGGCUGAUUUUGAGGUGCUCAGAGACCGUGCCCAGGGUCUGGGGGUGCUGGUGUGGCAGAACGCCCCCCACAGGGUGAUGGUGGUAACGCCGCACGGACACAGCGAGGUCAAGAGGUUCUGGAAACGGCAGAAGAGCCACAAUUAGUCUCCAUGGGCAACGGGCGGACUUGGGGAUGGGGCGGGGGUGGGAGAUGAGCUGGGUGGGGUUUCCCCCCCCCCCCCUUCCUGGAAAGAAAUGGAACAAUCUGGAAGCAAUGGGCCGCAACUCGACGAGCAGGACAGAAACGGACCAGGGGGAAUUAUGGGGGAAUUAUGGAACAAGAGUUGUGGUGGGGGACGCUGAGGUGGUUUUGCUUCAAAAGCGUUUUUUCCCUCGGACUUCAUCGCUCCAGUCAACUAACUUCCUGCACAGGUUCGCGCUGGUCAGGUUUCGCACAAUGCACUGGCGCUUUGGCACAUGGGGGAUCACGCCGCGGUCUUCGCCCGUCUGCCCCCUCCGGCCGAACCGAGCGGGUCGCUGAAUUACGGGUGAAACUGGAACCCAGCUAGGCGGACGGAGAGGAAUGGAGCCGCGAUCCGCACCAAGCUGCCAGUACUGAUCGCACCGUCGGUUGCCGUGACACCAGCCUGUUACUGGAGGAGUGCCGCAGUGCUUUUCUAAGUGAGCUUAAUAAAGCUAAUCUUUGCAAAUAAAA